CGGUCUGUUUUGUAUGUCAUCUCUCACUCUUUUUCCCUCUCUCUCUCAUUUAUGACGCUGGUGUAGCUAAAGUAAUCAGUAACCAGCGAAACACCGAGCAAGAUGUCGGGAGCAUCAGCUCUCACAAAGGGCUUCAUGUGCAGUUUGAGGUUCAACGCGGCGCGUUCUUCACAGCUUCUGCAAACACAGAAGUCAUGUGCGAGUCACAGAAGGCUGCUCGCCUGCACGCAGCCAGAUACAGGAGAAGUAAAGCCACUCGAUGGCAUCAAAAUAUUGGAUGUCACAAGAGUUCUUGCGGGGCCCUUUGCAAGUAUGAUACUCGGAGACCUUGGCGCUGAAGUGAUUAAAGUGGAGAGACCAGGUGCUGGGGAUGACACCAGGGCAUGGGGUCCUCCAUUUGUUGGGAAUGAGAGUGCUUAUUUUCUCAGUGUCAAUCGGAACAAGAAGAGUAUUGCAGUAAAUCUGAAAGAUCCAAGAGGAGUCAAAUUAAUAUUGGAGCUAGCAGAAGUCUGCGAUGUCUUCAUUGAAAACUACCUCCCAGGCAAGCUAGCCCAGAUGGGGCUGGGUUAUGAAGAUGUUCGGAAGGUGGCACCUCGACUAGUAUACUGCUCCAUCUCAGGAUAUGGACAAACUGGGCCAAUGUCCCACAAACCCGGCUACGACUCCAUUGCCUCUGCUGUGUCAGGCAUGAUGCAUAUCACUGGGCCAGAGGGUGGGGAUCCCGUCAGACCUGGUGUAGCCAUGACUGAUCUGGCAACAGGGCUGUACACGCAUGGGGCUAUCAUGGCUGCUCUCCUGCAGAGGCAAAAGACAGGGAGGGGCCUGCACAUCGACUGCAACUUGCUCUCCUCCCAGGUGGCGUGUCUCACCCACAUUGCAGCAAACUUCCUCAACGCUGGUCAGGAAGCCAGGCGAUGGGGCACUGCCCAUGAGAGCAUUGUACCGUAUCAGGGCUUCAAGACCCAGGACGGGUACAUUGUUGUGGCAGCUGGUAAUGACAAGCAGUUUGUGAAAGUGUGCAAGGUUUUGAAUCUUAGCAGCCUAGCAGAUGACCCCAAGUACAAAACCAACAAGCUGAGAGUGCAGAACCGAAAAGAGCUGUUGCGGAUCCUUUCUGAAAGAUUCUCAGAAAAGAGGACAGGCGAUUGGCUGGGAAAGUUUGAGGGGACCGGCGUGCCCUGCGGCCCAAUCAACAGCAUUCAGCAAGUCUGCUCUGAUCCGCAGGUUCUCCACAAUGACCUAAUCCUGGAAAUGGACCACCCUACAGCAGGAAGGAUUGCUGUACCAGGUCCUGCAGUCCGGUUCAGUGACUUUAAGAUCAGGAGGCCCACACCCCCACCGCUGAUUGGUCAGCACACUGUACAGGUUCUGAAGCACACCUUGAGAUACAGUGAAGAUGUCAUAGAUCAGCUGCUCAAGGCGGGCACAGUGUGUCAGAAUGAAGUGCAGUGAAGACCGGACAAAGAGCAAUGAGCUCUCACUGCAACCCUGUGGCACUCCAGUACGUCCGUGUCUGAGAAAACAAUAUUAUAAAACUCUUCCACAAACCACAUAAAUUCCACAGAAGACCUUUGUUAUGAUUCAGGGAAAUGGCAAGUGUAGCGUUACCUCUUGAACCCUUGUACUUUGAAGAAAGAUAUGUCUUUGUAAUUAGUUCUCUGAAUGAGGGUUGGAGAUCAAGAAUGAGUGUAACUGUAAUAACGUAAUGACACAAACAGACCAAACCGAACUUCUUCCUUCUGUCGAAGGAAUUCCAGAUUCGCUUUUCUGUUAUAAGCAAAAGCUGCAUUUGUCUUUCCAAUCUCCAUUGAACUCACUUCCUGCCUAUUUCAUGCUAGUACUAUUGAUCAAUUGAAUGUACUCUGCACCACAAAUCCACUUCAUACACCACUGGAAGAUGAAACAGGACUUCACAUAAUGUUUUCUGAGCUUGAAACAUUGCUUUGCUUGCAGUGUAAUUUCCUUCUGUUUUUUGUCCAAAUGCAGAUUUAAUCCGAGAAUGUUACCAAGGGCAAAAAAUAAUAACAGCGGUUUGCUUGAAUGACAGAUCGUAGU